CAUGAAUAAUGCGUCCUCAUUAAUUAGCGCGGGCCAAUGGGCGGGCGCUGACACCGCCCGGUAGAAACCUCCCGCCCGCAGCGCGCACCCAGAGCCCGAACGGGAGCGGCCGCCGCCAUGUGUGACUUCUCGGAGGAGCAAACCGCGGAGUUCAAGGAAGCAUUCCAGCUCUUUGACCGCACCGGGGAUGGGAAGAUCCUGUACAGCCAAUGCGGGGACGUGAUGCGGGCGCUGGGGCAGAACCCGACCAAUGCUGAGGUCAUGAAGGUGCUGGGGAACCCCAAAAGUGAUGAGAUGAACCUGAAGACGCUGAACUUCGAGCAGUUCCUGCCCAUGAUGCAGACGAUCGCCAAGAACAAGGACCAAGGUUGCUUCGAGGACUAUGUGGAGGGGCUGAGGGUGUUCGACAAGGAGGGCAACGGCACCGUCAUGGGCGCUGAGAUCCGCCACGUCCUCGUCACCCUGGGUGAGAAGAUGACAGAGGAGGAGGUUGAGCAGCUCGUGGCCGGGCACGAGGACAGCAACGGCUGCAUCAACUACGAAGCCUUUGUGCGACACAUCUUGUCAGGGUGACACUGCCGGGAGCUCGUCCGGAUGGUGCUGAGCGGUUGAGGUCCCAUCGCGUCAUCGCAUCCCCCCCCCCCCAUUAUCCCUAAGUGUGGUCCUUGUCCAUCACAAUCCCAUUGUGUGCCCCCCCUCCCGUUAUCCCUAAGUGUGGUCCUUGUCCAUCAGGAUCCCAUUGUGUGCCCCCCCCCCAUAUCCCCACUCUCAGCCCCCCUGGCUCAGUUACUGCUCCACAGCACCCAAGAAUAAAGCAUUGGAUGGAGCCGUG